CUCACCUGCGCCAGAGCAUCGCGUCGCCGUGUCACUGCGGCGCGGCGCAACGCUUUGGCGGCACAGGUAUCGCAUCGCGGCGCCAGCAGGCCAGCGUUCAAGCAGUCAAACGUACUGCUGCGCCCCGAGCCCCGCCCCUCACAAGCAGCACUCGCUUGUGCGGCACGCGCAUUGAGCCGCAAGCGACGCCGCCGCGGCCCGGGCGCCCGGAAUCAGUGCGCGACGCCGCCGCCGCAGCGUUCACUGAUCAACGCGCGCGCGCCAGUCGCCACCAGCCGUGCCACCCGCCGAGUGCCGAGCGCGAGCCGUAACGAUGGCCACGGCGGGAGGUGCCUGGCGGCAAGCGGCCUCGAACCUACUGGACGUCCUGAAAGAAAUGGACAUAGGCCAAAUUUUUGCUAAACCGGUAAACCAGCAAAUUUACCGGGACUAUUCCCAGUACGUGUCACAGCCCAUGGAUCUUGGACUAGUUCGACAAAAACUCCCAUCAUACCGGAACGCGAAGCAGUUCGCGACGGAUGUUAGACUUGUGUUUAGUAACGCUCUAGCCUACUGCGGGCGCGUCGACGCGACGCCCGAUUUCAAAGCAGUAGCAACUCUAGCGAAGAAGAUGCAGCGCCGGUUCGACAAAGACGCGCCCUUACGACCGUACUUGGCACCGACGCCUUUGCGGAAUCGAACGCCACCACCUGUUGAUGAAAACUUAGCGGCGCAGAUCGCGGCGAACGACGGCAAAGUGGCCAUGCCGCGCGACGUCGAGACCUGUGUGUCGAGGGUGCACCAGUCGUUGAAGAGGGUGAAAGCAGCACAAUCUUUCAGGACGCCCAUCGAGACGGAGCGCUGGACGGACUACGAGCCGAAGGUCGGCGGCCAGGCGUUGGAUUUGACGUCUGUGGAACACUCGUUCAAGCGCGGGGCUUUCCAGCAGGACUGCGGCGCCUGGGUCCUGCGGAUGCGGCGGAUUUCCGCGAAUUGUUUGCGGUACAACACGGACACGCGGUUUCCCGAACUUAGACAGGACGCGAAGUUUUACCUGAAGGUGCGGGUCGGCGUCUGGCGCCUUCACGAGACGUCGACGCGACCGCGAGAGAGUCCGCGGUCGCCGCGACGGCGCCGCCGCGACCGUGUGUCACACAGGCCCUCGAGAAGGAGCUCGCCCAGAAGGUCCGACCGGUCCUGCAAAGUGUCGGCUGCCCGACGCAAGCCAUCGACGCGGCGGUCCCGAAAUUAUUGAGAAACUGGCCGCAAAUAUUAGAAGCCCUCGAGACGUCGAUACUAGCCCACUACGACGACCUGCCCCCGAAGGCGCAGAUUUCGUAUUACUUCCUGCACCCGUUCGGGGCCUACUUUCCGUCGCCCGACCAGAAGGAGUUUGUGGACGACUACGCGAGGCAUGUGUCGGAGCCGAUUUGUGUGGGCGAUGUUGUCAGUCGAUUGAUCGAGGGGACCUAUGACUCAUUGGAACCGCUGAAGAAAGACGUCUCGAAGGUCUUCGCGAACGCCAUGCAGUACUACGGUCCGGACGGGGCUGGUCGCAGAUUGCAUGAACCUUCAGAUUGCGACGACUACGUCCAGCGGGCCCGGCGCUUCGACGAAGCUUGGACUAGUGUAGCGAAGACGCUCAAGAAUCCGGGGCGGGAGGUCAAGAGUCCUACGCCGAAGAAAGACGUGAAUAACGCGGCGUUGCGCUGUCUGGAUAAACUCAGAGACCACCGCGAGUCCGACGGUAGAGGUGGGAGUUAUCAAGUGGCCACGCCGUUCCUGCACGCGAACAUGUUGCCUACGCAUAGCGAGUAUUUACCGUGCAUCGGCGGUGGCGAUUCAGCGUCCUUUUUCGCGUCGCGGCGACGGCGUCGUGCAUGCGAUGAGAGGGUUGCGUCGCGGCGACGGCGUCUGACGUGACAUCGCACAGGCCGCAAGAACUGUAGAGAUUUUGACAGUAUCGAAAGUCGAGGCAAGCGCCAGGGCUACUCGUCGUUGGAAGCCUUCGCGAAUGAUGUGAGGCGGUGCUUCCAGAACGCGCACGCCUGGCGGACGCGCUGCGACGACCUCGUGCGAGUUGGUAGCAUGGACGCGAACACUUUAGCGAUAGCGGUACUGAUUGCGGCGUCCCGGGGCCUUUCUGAGAUCAUACGCCGUCGACGCGACUCGCCUCCAUCAGACGAGGCCGUGGGUGGUUUUGGGGCGAGAUCGCGACUCGAUAUAUAUCACGCACAGGCGGAGAUCACGAACUCCGCCGACAUCUUGCUGAUUGUAUUAGAUGCGGCCCUCCGGCAGGAACGGAGCGACUUCAAGCCGAUAGCACCGGCCAAGCGGGACGCCUCGCCAGCCAGACUGACGACGCCCAAAAAAAUAAAGGGCCAGCCCUCGCCGACAAGUCCGAAGCCCUUCUGGCGGCUCCAGGCUGAGAGGUUAUGGAGCAAAGUGACCAAACAUGAGUGGGUCCGGAAUGAUGGGUUGCAGUCGUACGGCGGGAAGCUGCAGUGGUUUAGACCUACAGUAGAAGCCUUUCCUACCUUGCGAGAACAUUACCUUGGUACGAUAGCGAAACCGAUGGAUUUAGGACUGAUCAAUCAUAAGCUGAUGAAUGACGAAUACGAGGGUCGGGAGCCGUUCGUUGAGGAUUUACGUUUAGUUUUCUCCAACGCGGUACAAUUUAACCGGCCGGCAGCACAACAAGCCCAGUCGCAACAAGAACUGAACCCCCACUUCGUCAUGGACGACUUGGCGGCCAAAACGUAUGCGAUCGCGACGCAUUUGCUGAACUACGUCGACCACCUCGAAUUGGAGUCUUCACCGUGAGGAACUUCAAGCGCCCUUCAAUUUGGGGUCUCUCGUGGUCGGAGUGCGGUGUUACUCUCCAUACUGGGUCGAGGGCAUCCCUCGGCGGUCGUGUCCGAGUUUGAGCUGAAAACAGGUUGAUGUCCACACAGGUACUUCAAGGACGACAUCGCCGACCCGCCGGCGACGCCCGCGACGGCGGCGUCGAUUACAAGGAAUGGCAUUUCUAGAGAUAGAUAUACCUGUGUCUUGGACGAGGACGAAGAAGCUCGAGCUAAAAGACGGGAAGAGGCCGAGGCCGAAGCGGCUCGCUUGUCAGCGUUAGAAAGGGCCAAGCUGUCUGAGUCCGAGCUGCGUGCUGCCAUGGAUGAAAAUAAACCUGCACCCGCACCGGCGCCGCCGGCGAUUACUGCUGGUGACGCCGCGGUGAUGGCGGCCUUCGGCGAGCUCGCGCCGCCCGCACCAGCGCCGGCGCCGGCGCCUGCCGCGCCCGUCGAGGAGUCGAAAGAUCAAGAUGGCGACGCGACCAUGAGCGACGCGCCCCCCGUGCGGAGCGACGUCGCCCGCCUCGCGAGCGCGGCCCUGAACCAGGACGCGCCGCCGCCGCCUCCAGCCGAGGACGGUGAGGAGCCGGCGCUCAAGCGCGUCUCCACCGGAGAACUGGAGGAGGAGGCCGCGGCCGGCAAGGCGCCGGAGCCGUCCGACGAGAUGGCGACGCGACUCGCUAAAUUAGCCGCGGGUGUGGACGAAGCGGCGGAACGACGAGCGGCAAAGAGGCUGGAGUGUCGACGCGUCCGCGAUAGAGCGGUGUGGCCGACGCGGGUGCGCGACUCGGACGCGGACCGGGAGUGCCGCACGGUCCUCAAGCAACUGCGGAAGCUCGCGGUCAAAAAACACUCGUUCUAUUUUGAGAAGAUGGUUCCUUUUUCUGUGUAGAAAUCUUUUCCGGAAACCUCGCGUCGAUGGCGUGCUCGUGAGAUCGGCUCCACCCCACGCCGUCGACGUGACGGUCACGAUUCACGCAACGCAGGUCCGCGGCGUCCCCGACUAUGCGGCCUUUGUCGCGCGGCCGACGUGCCUCGAGCGCGUCGAACAGCGCUUGAAAAUUGGUGUCGGUGAAAUAGCGCGCGCGUUCGAGGACGACGGCCAGGAACCCCUGAAGCCCUACGCGUCCGCGCGGGAGUUCGGCCAAGAAUUGAGAUUAGUACUGGCCAAUGCGAGGGCCUACAACGAGCGCUUCCGGAGGAACCCGCACAACGUCGGCUACAACAUCUGCCUGGCCGUCGACGCCGUGCAGCCGGUCCUCGAAGAGGCCCUGUUCCAGUUCGCCUUCGAGGCGUAUGAACGCGUUGGUCGAAUGAGGUUGGAGAAUUCCUGGGAAAAGAAGGUCGCCGAGGAGAUCAACGAAGAAGUUGCGGCGAAGCGCGUUGUCUGACUCAGUGUCCUUGAACUCGACGCGUCGUCACGAGGCCGCGCUCGACGCCAUCGCCACGCGCGCAGGUCCGCGAGCAGUACGAGGGCAUCGCGCGCGAGAAGGCGGAGGCCGCCGUGGCCCACCGCAAGUGGGAGGAUAGAGGGCAACGCAACAAGUUGUUGAGGAUGCUCAAUGAACGGCAAAGGGCUAAUUUGGACAUUCUUGAGAGCAACGAAGCCCCGCGGCCGGCGUCGCCGACGCGCCAGGACGUCUCCGAGGCCGACGUCACUCCCGCGAAGAUCGCGCCCGUGUCGCGCAUCUCCGCGGCCGUGAGAGCGGAGGAUCGGCGCAAGGCGGAGAAGGUCCGGGCUUCGGCUGUUUUCUCCGCUCUCGGCGAUGGGGCGUGGGCGUCUCAGACCCAAGAGGUGGAGAUGGCGGUGGAGGAGGAGGUGGUGGUGAAGGCGGAGGAGGCGCCCGUUUCGUUCAAGGGUAGUGUGAAGUUCGAGAUCAAGUCUCAAAGGGCGGCUCCUGCGAGGCCGGCGCUGGACGCCUUUUCGCAGAUUGAGGAUCGCGUGGAAGAGGCGCCCGUGCGCGCACCGGUGGCGCGGCCGAAGCCCGUCGUGCCGCAAAAGCCGGCCGAGCCCCCGGUGAUCGAAUGUGCUGGUGGCGAUCGGCGUCGAGUAGUGAAACUUCUACGCCGCCUUGACGCCAUCGCCGCGACGUCGUACUGAGAGAAACCGCCCCCCGGACGCCGUCGACGCGACCCCCGCAACACGCAGGCGGCGACAGCGGCUGGGUGGCCGUCGCGGACCAGAUUGAAGCGCGCGUCCUCCUCGCGACGACCUCGCAGUUCGUGCGCUGCACCGUCGUGUUACGAGGUGGUAGUUCUGAAGUGCGGCGGUCGCUCGUGACGUGGUCGUUGGUGGAGCCGGGCGGCGUCGACGACCUCACGGCGGGGUUCUACCGCGAUUCUCUGUUGCGGGACGCGCGGCACAAAUUACGCGCUCGGAGUGCCGCUGGUUCGGACGCGAUUCGGGCGGCUCGACCGUCAUUGAGGGAGUAUAGUGCCGUCGACGCGGAAUUACUAGAGCUGGACUUGCGCGACGCGUGCGAAGGACGGGUCCUGGCGACGCCCGUCGAGGACACGAUUCGCGGGUCCAACGCGUGCUCAGAGGGCACUCUGGUCUUCGCUGCGGGUGCGCUGGCGCUGCGCGUCGCCGGGCGGCGGGUCGUUUGUGGGGGGUUGCUGGCGUCUUCGGGGGGGUAAUUUAUUUAGUUGUCGU